GUCGGGCCGCGGCGACGGCGGCAGGAGCGGGUCCCGGUGCCGCCUCGGGCUCCGCUCGGCUCGGGGUUGCUCCGGGAGGAGGAGAGCGAGGCGAGGCGCGGCGCGGCGAGCCGCCGGCCCCGCGGGCCGGGCGCAUGGCUUAGGGACGCCCCCGCCCGCCGCGCCCCCAGCAUGGGGAAACUUCACUCCAAGCCGGCCGCCGUGUGCAAGCGCAGGGAGAGUCCGGAAGGUGACAGCUUCGCCGUGAGCGCCGCCUGGGCUCGGAAAGGCAUCGAGGAGUGGAUCGGGAGGCAGCGCUGCCCCGGCGGUAGCUCUGGACCCCGACAGCUGCGGGCGGCUGGCACGGUUGGCAGAGGAACCCGGGAGCUCGUGGGUGAUGUUUUCAGAGAAACGCUCAGUGAGGAGGAGGAGGAAGACUUUCGGCUAGAAGUGGCCCUGCCUCCUGAGAAGACAGAUGGGCUGGCCAGUGGAGACGAGAAGAGGAGGGAGAAGGUGAGCGAAUCUUGCCCGGGCUCCAAGAAGCAGCUGAAAUUUGAAGAGCUACAAUGUGACGUGUCCGUGGAAGAGGACAGCCGGCAGGAGUGGACCUUCACCCUCUACGACUUUGACAACAAUGGCAAGGUCACCCGUGAGGACAUCACCAGCCUACUGCACACCAUCUACGAGGUGGUCGACUCCUCCGUCAACCAUUCACCGACAUCAAGCAAGACGCUGCGGGUGAAGCUCACAGUGGCCCCCGACGGAAGCCAGGCCAAGAAGGGCAUCCUUCUCAAUCACCCCGACCUGCAGAGCACGAGGCCCAGAGCGGAGACCAAGCCUGCCGAGGAGCUGCGCAGCUGGGAGAAGAAGCAGCGAGCCCCCCUCAGGUUCCAGGGUGACAGCCGUCUGGAGCAGUCUGGCUGCUACCACCACUGCGUGGAUGAGAACAUUGAGAGGAGAAACCACUACUUAGAUCUCGCCGGGAUAGAGAACUACACGUCCCAGUUUGGGCCCGGCUCCCCAACAGUGGCCCAGAAGUCAGAGCUGCCCCCCCGCACCUCCAACCCCACUCGGUCUCGCUCCCAUGAGCCAGAAGCCAUCCACGUCCCACACCGAAAGCCCCAAGGCGCGGACCCGGGCUCCUUCCACUUCCUUGACACCCCAUUCGCCAAGGCCUCGGAGGUCCAGCAGCGGCUUCGGGGUGCCCAGGACGGGAGCAAGCACUUUGUGAGGUCCCCCAAGGCCCAGGGCAAGAGCGUGGGUGUGGGCCAUGUGGCCAGAGGGGGGCGAAGCAAAGCCCCUCUGGGCCCCACCGUCCCUGCGGUGUCCCCAGCCACCCACCUGGCCGCCAGCCCGUCCCUCCUCCCCACGCUGGCACCCCUCGGGCACAAGAAGCACAAGCACCGAGCCAAGGAGAGCCAGCCGGCCUGCCGGGGUCUGCAGGCGCCCCUGGCCGUGGGCGGCAGUGUCUUGGGGCGGGACCGUGCGAGGGACCUGCCCGCCGUGGUGGUGUAUGAGAGCCCAGCCGGCCAGGCGGUCCAGAGACACGAACAUCACCACCACCACGAACACCAUCACCAUUACCACCACUUUUACCAGACAUAGACCCCUCC